AUGAUCUCUGACAGUGAUUUUAUUUAUUGCUUUGAAAAUCUAAGACUCUUUCUGCAGGACAAUUUGCUAUACAACGAUGGUAAAGUUAGUAAGCAAAUGCUUUCUUUGGCUCGAGGUCCUGAAAGGCGAGUAACUUAUUAUCCUGGUUAUUAUAUUAGUGGUUUUAGAUUUCAUACAUUGCAGCGUGAUGAGAAUAAAAAAACACAAAAUAGUGGAGUUAUGGUUAAGGGGGAGAAUCAGAUUGACGAUGUGCCUUGGUAUGGAACCUUAGUAGAUAUUGUUGAACUCCGUUACAUAGAAGGAAAUAGAGUUGUAUUGUUCAAUUGUGAUUGGUAUGACAUGGCACGAAAAGGAACAGGUUACAAGAUAGAUCGUUAUGGAAUAAUCACUGUUAAUACAACACGCAAGCUAAAUACUCAAGAGCCAUUUGUACUAGCAAGCCAAGCAACCCAAGUUUUUUAUGUGAAGGGGGUUAAAAAUAAAAUUUGGAGUUUUGUCGUGGAAACAAAUCCAAGAAAUGCUUAUGAGACGACUAAUGAUGAGAUUGAGCCAUACCAAGAAGCAGAGACUCAAAUUCAAAGCAUGCAUGCCAUCCAAAAUGGUGUUGAAGACAAUGAAAUUGAUUGA